AUGGACCCACAAAGAAUCAUCAAGUUACAAAAGCAAUAUCAAAAUUCCACCAAGCCUUUGUGGUUGAGAGGUAAGCACGCCAAGUACGUUGUCUACCCAUUCUACGCUCUCUUCACAGUCACCACUGCCUUGCCAUUGUACUACACUGGUAGAGCCAUUGCUGGUAUCAAGGACGAAUAA